AUGAAGAAACCUUCUACAAAUAGUGUAACUCAGGAUAUAUCUCCUGGAAAAAUAACAAGUUCUACUGCAAACUCUACAAAAUUAAUUACUCCAGUAAAUAUGAACCUACUUUCUUCACCCACACAAGUCAGCAUUUUAGAUAGUAACCAAAGGGAACCAAAUAAUGAUAAAAAUAGUUCAUUAUCGGCUGGUAGUCUUUUUAUAGCUCCAUCAAAUACUAAUACUAUUCAAUAUAAACUAGCAUUUUUAAGAAAUCAUCCAAUUCAACCAUCCACUAAUACACAUAAACUACCAUUUGACGCAUUUAGAGUAUACAACAGACAAUUUCACAAUUUUAACCAUGAUAAAACAGAAAUAGUAACAAUAAAACAUCAUUGGAUAUCAUAUAAUUUAGCUAUUCAGCAUUUUUACGAGUUUUUUGUGAUUUUGUAUUCUACAGUGGUAUAA